AUGAGAUGAGAUGAAGCAGGCAGAGCUACUUUGACUGUCCGUGUGGCUUUGUGUUCGAGACCAGAGAGAGAGAGGAGCUGCUGCUGGGUUUUUCUUCUCUUCUAAUGAUUAAGCUUUCUGUCCUGCAGCGGUGAUGAUGAAAAUAGUUAUUAGUAGCUAAUUAAGUGCGAAUCUGACACUUUGGAGCGGAAUACUGUUUACACCUGAGACGGGGAAUUGUUUGAAAGUAGCACUUCUGUAAAGGUAAAUAAAUCCUCAGUAAUGGAGAAUGUCACCAGGUUGUGGUUGUGUUUAUGGUAAAAACAAACAAACAAAACAUGCCAACAGCGUUUUCAUUGCAGUGGAAGCGCUUUUGUGAAGUUUGUAGCUAAACUUUUUUUUUUUUGGUCUUAAAAUGUAGCCUUUAUUAUUACUGUGUGAAUUUCUUCGGCUUGGUAUGAUUCAGAGACGCAAAAAACUGGCAUUCCGAGUGCUUCUGUUUUGGAAACACACACUUUCCUUCCAGAGACGGACUGGACUCUCACCGAUUCACUUUCUCAAACAUCACUUCCUACAAGCACGAGGAGGAUAAUGCACACACAGCAGCUCCUCUAACUGGACUGGUUUUGGUGGAGAAAGUAGUGAUGAUGAUGAUGAUGAGCAGCAGCGGCCCUGCUAUCGUGUACGAGUGGCUGAAAACCCUGCAGCUGACCCAGUAUGUCGAGUCGUUCGUGGAUAACGGUUAUGACGACCUGGAGGUGUGUAAGCAGAUCGGAGAACCCGACCUGGACGCCAUUGGUGUGUUUCCCCCACAACACAGGCUCAAAGUUCUCCGAGCAGUGCAGAGACUCCGAGAGGAGGACAAGAAGCUGGCUCCAGGUCUUUACUUCACCUUAGAGCCCCUUCCAGAUGUUUCCAGUGUCUGUGACAGCAAAGCCAGUGGGUCCUAUUGGGACCGAGAUGGACUUGAGCUUUCCAAUAACAACAAUCUACUCCUCAGUGGACCUCCAGAUCCAAUGACUUACCCCAAACUCAAGCUGAAGAUCCUGAUCCGAGAUAAGCUGAUCAAGGAUGGGAUAGACCUGAGUAAGCCUCCUUACUCAUUCAAGGAUGGCUCUCUGGGAAACAUUGAGGAUUUGGCUAAGGAGUAUUCAGAGUAUUACAGUACUUCUUACUGUGACGUGUAUGACAGGAUGGAGGAGCUGCGCAAGCGCAAAGUAGCUCAAGAAGCAGAGAUUGCAAAUACUGAGUCAAUGAUCACAUCACUUCAGCUCCGCUCAGAAAUCCAGGAAUCCUUGGGGUUGUGCAGUGCUGUGUCCACUCCUGAGGUCGAGAGAAGGUUGUUGAUGCACAAGUCAGGCUCUGAAGAUGGAUCUGGGGGAAAAUGGGACCGAAAGAAAAAUAAAUCCUUCUGGCAGAAUUUCCGUAAGACACAGAAAGGCGUCGUACGCCAGACAUCAAAAGCUGAUGACCUUGGAUUCGUAGCCAGUGAGAUCACAAUGAGCGAUGAAGAACGCAUCCAGCUGAUGAUGAUGGUGAAGGAGAAGAUGAUAACUGUAGAGGAGGCCUUGGCUCGGCUGAAAGAGUAUGAGGCUCAAAAUCGUCAGUCAUGUACCACAGACACAACUGAGUGGACUGAUUCCUCCAGUCCCACUGCAAACGAGCUCUCGGUGAACUUUAAUGAGCAGUCAGAUGAUGAGCUGGAGGAGUCAGCUUUUCGCAGGCUUCACAAGCUGGUCAACUCAACCCGCCGUGUGAAGAAGAAGCUCAUUAGGAUAGAUGAGAGCAAAAAACACACAUCAAAAGACUCAUUGAGCUCUGACUUCUCUCCUACAUGUGAGGAAAAGGCCUCUCUCUACUCAGGUGUACAGAAGUGUCUGGUCAUGUCUCCGGGUGAUGGAAUGGCCUCAGCGCUGUGUGUGGACGGAGACUCAGACAGCCUGACCACAUCUCCGUCCUCCAGUAGCCUCGACAAAUACAGUGGCCAUAAGCAGUUUAAGCCGUUUAACAGUAGCCAGGGGUUAAGCUACCAUCCCACAGGGCCCAGUGUGGACGCUUCAGUGAUGGACGCAGGCAGCCACUCAUCUUUUUCUGAAGCUGAGGGCUGCUGUCAGGAGGAGCCCAGGAUAACCCGGUCUGUGACUGAUGGAGAAAUGAGACGGGCCCUGAGUCCCUCUAAAUUACAUGGGAGGGCCUGUAGCUUUGGAGGGUUUGACCUUAUGAACCAGUCUGUAUACAUGAGACACAGCUGUAACACCCCUAGUGAUAAUGGGACCAUCAACAGGAGAGAUGCAGCAAGGUCACCGCUUCCAUCCCGUAUCUCUCUUGGGAAGAAGGUGAAGUCGGUGAAGGAGACCAUGAGGAAACGCAUAUCCAAGAAAAGUAGUUCUGUCCAGUUUGAGCAGUUGAGUCCGAGCAGAGAGACUGAGUCACUCCAGUCCCCUCGCACAGACGCAGACUCGCUGGAAAAACCCAAGCUCAAGUCUGGCGGUUCUGUCGAGAGUCUGAGGAGCUCACUAAGUGGACAGAGCUCAAUGAGUGGUCAGACAGUAAGCACCACAGACUCCUCAGCAAGUAACCGAGAGAGUGUGAAGUCAGAGGAUGGUGAUGACGAGGAGUUGCCUUACAGAGGACCAUUUUGUGGCCGAGCCCUUGUACACACUGACUUUAUCCCCAGUCCCUAUGAUACAGAUUCCCUCAAACUCAAGAGAGGGGAUAUUAUAGACAUAAUCAGUAAGCCUCCAAUGGGUACAUGGAUGGGCCUUCUGAAUAACAAGGUGGGCACCUUUAAGUUCAUCUAUGUAGAUGUGCUGAGUGAGGAAGGUGAAAAGCCCAAGUGCAGCAUCAGGAAGAGAAGGAAGAGUCAGCCUCCCAAACCCACCUCUGUGGAAGAGCUUCUAGAGCGCAUCAACCUCAAAGAGCACAUGCCCACGUUCCUGUUUAAUGGAUAUGAGGAUCUGGAAACGUUUAAAUUGCUGGAGGAGGAGGACCUGGACGAGCUGAACAUCAGAGACCCACAGCACAGAGCAGUGUUGCUGACUGCAGUGGAGCUGUUGCAGGAGUACGACAUCAACAGUGACCCUGAGAAUGGUGGCUCCUCAGUAGACCCAGAGGAGAAGCUUCAGCCAGAGAUAUCUGCUCCCUCAAGAGAUUCUCCACGUGACUCUGGUUGUUAUGAGAGCAAUGAGAAUUUGGAGAAUGGGAAACGCAAAAAGGCAUCUCAUUUAAGCAGGUCUUCAUCAGGCUUCGAUUCCAGUCACCUCCCAUCUCCUGAGUAUCCCACUCCACCCCUCAGCCAGUCCAGCAGCAGGCAGGAUCCACAGUCUCUCCUGCCACCUUUCCAUAGAACUUCCAUCAAAGCUGUUCACUUGGAGACAAGCCACUCUUUGCUCAGCAUGAAGCCUCUCAGUCAGAGCUAUGAUGAGCUGCUUUGCAUCCCUGUACCCCAAGCCUUGUGGAAACGUUCUCUUUCAUUGGAUUAUCAGAUCCUCCACAGGAAGGAGCACCACAACCCAGAAGAGUUGAUGUCCAUUCAGUCAGUAGAACCUGCUGCUUUGCUGCAGCAGCGUAGCUCUACUGAGCAGAAUGAAGCUCUCAAAUCUCAGGCAUGUGCCAACCAAGAGGAUGAAUCUGAAGAGCUAGGCACAGGAGAUGAGCUGACAUUUCCUUCUAUUGACUCUUCCACAGAUGUGGAGAGUGAGGAGGUACCUGUAGAUAGUACUGAAACAUUUCCACCAGAUCCUCCUUUACACCAACACAGUCUAAAACCACCAGUUCCUCCUAAACCCUUUCCACUGCCAUUUGUACUUGAUAAAGAGUUCCAAUGCAUCUUGGUGUCAUACAGAUCAGACACAGCCUCUGGUGUACCCAAGUCCAACAAACCUUUUAUCAGCAGGCUUGGAAAGAAAAUGCAGCAUGCUCGGUCACCUAAUCUGGAGUUACUUGUGGAAGAGAAGCUGAGCUUGGAUGGUAUAGACCUCACAGAGGAGCCUUAUUCUGACAAGCAUGGCCGUUACACAGUCCCAUUCUCCCUCAUUCAAAGGUACUCUGAAGAUUUGGACAAACCUUUGGGGGAUAUUGCCACAGUAAUGGAUCAGACCAGAAUCCAACUGCUUCGCAGACAGCACCGUAUAGCAAUCCCACUGAGAGGACUAUCAGAGAUUUGUAUAAAGCUAUAAUCCUUUGAUUAAUGCUGGAUCCCAGGCCUUCAUGUUAUCACAUGUUACUCUCUGGCACGGAUGCUUGCUUGAUCAACUGUCUGAUAAUAUCACCAGAUCACAGCAGCAGUCAGCCAUUAAGGAUGUAAAUGUAUCAGGUCUGGAGUGGGUUACCCGAAAGCAUCAUAGCACAAAGAUCAUCGUUAAAGGGUAGAGCGAGCAUCACAAUGAAUAGAUAGUUUUCACUGACGUCACGGCAUUCCGGGGAACGCCCCCCAGCCGCCAUCUUGGAGGGCAAACAAAACGGACCAUCGCCACUACUGGCUACGUUAUCUCGGACGAAUUUAUGAAGUUAUAUAGUCAGUUUUCUAAAAUAAAGAUCAAUGUGGGCAAACUCAAGCAAACAGAAGUAUAUAGAUACACAUCUCACGGUAUGCAGCCAAACUGGCCUUGAUUGGGGGAAUUGACCCCUAUGAAGUGGACAAAGAUGCAUUUUCAAGUGACUAUGCAGGGUUGCCAAAGCCUGAAACUGCCAAAGCCUGCUCCAAAGCCUGAAACUGACUUCAUCAAACUUUAAAGGCUGUCUGAUAUAUACAACUUUAUA